UCUUGAAUUCUUUCUUUUCUUGUCUUUUUCUUUCUCCUCUUUGUCUUUCUCUCCGCCACCAUGUUAUCCUUAAAUCAAGCUUUCAAGGCUUUGAAACCAUUCAAACAAUCUUCUCAACCUCUCCAGGUUUUGAAAGCCUUACAAACUGCUAGCUUCUCGACGUCUCCCGUAUCUUAUGCUGAACAACCACAACCUAUUCGACCUCAAGUUGGUGCCUCUUCUUUAUUCGAAAAUGUUCAAGUAGAAAGUGAGGCUCAAGUUGAAGAAAAACAAGUAGCUGAAAAACAAUACAACUGGUCAUCAGCGAACUUCAAGACUAGUCCAAGAAAAUUAAACAUGAUUGCACGACAACUUCGAAACUUGCCAGUAGAUGAAGCCAUUCGACAAUUGGAAUAUUCACCCAAACGAUCUGCCAAAAAGAUUUUACAUAACUUGGCCUUUGCAAAGAAAAAUGCUCAAGAACAAAAGAACAUGAAGAACUUGGUAGUAGCUCAAGCUUGGGUUGGCAAGGGUCGUUAUAUUCGACGGGUCAAUCCUCAUGGUCGUGGUCAAUUUGGUCUUAUGCAUCAUAAGGAAGCUCAUAUGAAAUUCAUUUUGAAGGAAGCUGACUCAUUGGUGAAGGAUCAAGAAAAGACUGGUAGACGGAACAUUCGUGGUUGGAAGGACACCAAAAAGGUAUGGACACCUCUUGUAGAAAACAAACCUAUUUACAAUCCCAAGCCCUUUUAUAACUGGUAGACCCAUACAUAUAUUUAUAUAUACUCUCUCUUCCUCCCCUUUUUUCUUUUUUUUUUAUCCCAUCA